UUUGUUGUGUGACGUCAUCAUCUAGCGACGUACUUUUCGUUAAAUAAACAUUUAAUAGUAUCUGCUGGAGACGAAAGGGAAGAAACUCAUGGAUAAUCUUGUGAAGGUGCACGGAGGUGGCGGCUAUAACUCUGACUUCAGUGAUGAUGAUGGGCAGGAAGAGUCCUCACAGAAAGACCUUAAAAGAAAACGUGAAGAGGAAUUCUUGCAUAAGCCAUUCCAAAAAGAUCAGCACUCUCAGGUGGCUCACCGGAGUUUACAUGCUAAUGAAGUGGACAGAGAGGAAGCCCGGAACAGAAGAGCCCAUCUGAUAUCAAUGAAUGCUUUUGAGCGACAUAAGAAAUUUGUCGGUGACUACAUACUUUAUUAUGGAGGACAAUUGGCCGACUUCAGACGCUCUACAGCAAAAGACAAAACAGAUGUGGAUGUGCUACGUGAGAAUCAUCGCUUCCUCUGGAGGGAUGAGGACGAAGAAGACAUGACAUGGGAAAAAGAACUUGCCAAGAAGUAUUAUGACAAGCUUUUUAAAGAGUACUGCAUAGCUGACCUUAGCAGAUACAAGGAAAACAAGUUUGGAUUUCGUUGGAGGACUGAGAAUGAAGUUGUCUCUGGGAAAGGUCAGUUCCAGUGUGGAAACAAACGUUGCGAGACGCAGGAAGGCCUAAAAAGCUGGGAGGUGAAUUUUGCGUAUGUGGAACACGGCGAGAAACGGAAUGCAUUAGUUAAACUCAGACUGUGCCCUGAAUGCUCUUUCAAACUCAACUACCAUCACAAGAGAAAAGAAGUGAAAGCAAAGACAAAGAGUAAAAGGUUAUCAGAGGAAAACCAGGAGCCAUCACAGAAGAAGAAAAGGAGGAAGAGAUUGUCUUCACACUCCAGGAAACACAAAGACAAACAUAAAGAGCACAGAGAUCUUUCAGGCUCUUCAAGCAGCUCAGAGGGGUCACUGACUUCAGACAAAGACUCUGAAGCUGAGGAUGAGCCAGAGGGCCGAUCAGAAGGCGACCACUGGCGCGGACCCGCUCCUGCAGUGGAGGAAAAGUCGAGGGAUGAGGAGUUUGACGAGUACUUUGAAGACAUGUUUCUCUGACUCGGCUGGUAUCAGUGGCAUCCCUGCUGGGACCGUGCUUCCCUCUAACAUUAGGCAUGAUCUUUUUGAGCCUUGUGAACAUGUGGGUGUAUUUGACUGUUUCAUUACUGCUACAGAAAUAAACAGCCUAAUGUACAACGUCCCUGUCAGCCAUGCGUUUACAUGUCUGUCUCCAUUUCAAUACCACCACCAUCACUGUGGAAAAUAAUCUAAGUUGUGUAGUUUCAGUAGCAGCUUAUAGAGACAGUUUCCAUCUGUCGUUUUGUCCAGACUCAAAUAUAUCCACAAAUUUUGGAUGGAUUAGCAUAAAAUUUAGAGCAGACAUUUACACUAUGUCCCUUUAGGGUCAAUUAUAAUUACUUUAUUUUGAAAUUAUAUAAAUGUUUUAAUUUUCUUUUCUCUCAGUAUUUGUGAAAUUGUCAACACAUAAUCGUCUUUUUUUGCAUCAGAUUCUCCCUGUUGUUUUUAGCAUACUGU